UGUUUGCGUUCAGCAAACAUGGACAGCCGAGAAGGGAGGACGCUCCGAGGAGCUGAGCCCGAAGGCGACACCAUCCUAGAGGUCGGAGGAAAGCUGUUUCCGGUCAACAGGUGGGCGCUGGCCUGCCACAGCCGGUACUUUGAGGCCAUGUUCUUUGGAGGCACCCGGGAGCGCAGCCAACGGCACAUCCAGAUCAAGGGGGUCGAGCCCGAAGCCUUCAAGGCCCUUCUGGACUUCACCCAGACGGGCACCAUCCACGUCGACCGCGACAACGUCGCCAGCCUCCUGGAGACGGCCGACUUCCUGCAACUGGACAGGGCCAAGAGGCGCUGCGAGACGUUUCUGGAAAGGGAGCUGCACACCUCCAACUGCUUCAGCCUCAUGGCCUACGCCCAGCAAUUCGCCUGCGUGGAGCUCCACUCCGCAGCCCGCUUGGUGGCCCUCUCGCACUGGGCCGACGUGGCCGCCCACGGGGAGUUUGAAGACCUCCCCAAGGAAACUUUGCUGGGUCUGCUGCAGAGCGACGAGCUCUUUGCGAACCGAGAGGACAUGGUCUUCAACACAGUGAUGCAGUGGGUGGCUGCAGAUCCAGCGGGCAGAGAAGGGGACUUUCUGGAGCUGGUGGGUCUCAUCCGGGUCCCUUUCCUGAGCCUCUCCUUCCUCGACCUCCUGGUGAAGCGCACCAAGCACCCUGGGCAGGAGAUUUCGGCUCGGCUUGUGCGGAAGCUGGACACUUGCCCGCCCUCCAGCUGGAGAGAUGUGUCCCAGUUGCCCUGCAUGGGCCGGAGCUACGAGACCCUCUAUGUGCUGGCUGGGAAGCAUGACAAAGACCAGCAGGAACUCUUCCAGUUUCAGCCCAAGACCGGGACGUGGCAGGCCUGCUCUCCGCUCCAGCGCAAGAACUUCACCCAGUAUGCUGUGGCUGCCGUUGGUAACUUCCUUUUUGUAACAGGUGGAUACUUCCGGGAGGAGUUUUUCUGGUCCAGCGUGGACUGGGUGCUGAUCUACAACAGCUGGAACGACACGUGGCUGGAAGGACCAGCUAUGAAGAGGGCCCGGAACAGCCACUGCGCCGUGGGGGUGGGCUUCCACCUGUACGUGAUGGGAGGCAGCACCGAGGAAGGCAUCACCCCGGACGUGGAGCGCCUGGCCCCCACAGACUCAGCCUGGGAGAGCGCAAGCCCUCUGGUGCACCCCGUGGAGCGAGCUGGGGCAGUCAGCAUAGGGACGCGCAUCUACGUGGUCUGUGGCCUGGACGAGAACGGAGACGUGUGCCGGGCAGUCCAGCGGCUAGAUGUAGAGACAGGCAUUUGGGACAUCGUUUCUUUCUCGCCUCUCCCUAGGUACGACCUCUGCGUCACAGCCCUGAACGGCGCCAUCUACACGGUCGGAGGGGACGCCUUCCGCUUCGACGUGGACACGGGUGAGUGGACCCCGGUGGAGGAGGACUGCUUGGCGCGGAGGUUCUUCACAGGGUGCAGCACAGGAAAUGGGCGCAUCUACCUCCUCGCGCAGAGGCAAGGGAACGGGGCCCUCCCAAACAUGGUGAUCUUGGACCCCUACCUCGACACGUGUCGGGAGGUGGACAGCAAGCUCCCCUGCCCCCUGCCCAUCCACGGGACGGCUUCCAUACGGCGAUUCGACGCGUGGGCAUGACUUCGCCAUGUGCCAAUCCCUUCCAGGCGGGUCCAGCUUGCCAGAGAAGCAGCGCCCUUUCUUUCAUCUCCAGGAGGCGGCAGAAGUGAGGCGUGCCUGCCAUUCCAUUUGGGAGGAAACCAGAAGGUCCAGCUCUUCGUCAUUUCCAUGGUGGACCUGCUUUGGAGGUGCCCUCGCCACCGGCACGGCUACUCUCACACAGAGGAGGGCACGACCCUCUCCCCUCUUUUGAAGGAGGAGGCCCAGUUGCACAGCACUGAUUGGCCAUGUUUUUGGCCAGUUUUUUAGGUACUGUUACGCCUCCAUCGGAUGAGUCCUCAGAGGAGGAUGAGGGAACAGCGGAUGGGCACAACAGAACCAGGACAGGGAGCAAGCGCAGCCACCCAAGAUGCAGCUGCUGAUCUCCCACUGCCAAAAGAUUUCAGGACACAGCUGGAGCCCCUCCGUCAGGCUCAGAGAGUGACAGGAGGCCCCUCUGCCCCCUGCAGAGAGAAGACACCUGUGAGUAGCACAGCAACACAGGCGAUCUGGCCACUUAAGCCUACAAGCUCCCAGGAGACAGAGGGCUGAUUGCCAGGACCUGAACCAGUGAGGGGCAUUUAAAAGGCAGUGAGAUGCUGUUUGCCCUCCACUGGAAGCAACAUCAGAUGCCAGCAUCAGACCCUCUCCAGCCAUGCCAGACCCGGAAACCUGGACUGCCUUACGCUGAAGGGUGUUGAACCCUUGAUUUGCUACUGACCUUGUUUUUUGGAAGACGAGCUGGCACGUGGAGCUCGACCCCCUACGUACACCCUUUGCUCACUCUCAGUCUCCUCAAGCCUUGUCCAAUUUACAAACCAGCCCCUGCCUGGCCAGCUGCCGGCGGAUUGUUUUACACCGCCAUUAAUCACCUCAGUACAGCUGGCAAAGAUUGACAGGUGGUGUGCAAGGUUUUUUAAAAAAGUCAAUAGUAGCCAAAUUGGGUAGCUUUACUGAACAGAGGGAAUGUUCCAUCGGAGAAUGAAGUCCCAUCUUCAGGUGGUAUCCUAAUCCAUUCUUCUUGCCAUUUAGGAUCCCACUGCUCAACAGCUAAAUUCGGUAUUUUCCAAGCCCCACUUCAGAUUCAGAAGGCCCAUUUAUUCAGCAUUCAUCCUGAUUUGCAGUACACAGAGCUUAUGCAAUGGUUAAAUGGUGUCCUUUACUUCUUUAA